AUGUCUGAAAAUAUCAAAGGAAAUGUUGUUGAGGCAGAAAGCUUGGAGGAAGCCGGGAUUUUAGAAGCUGAUGUUGGUGCUAAAUUUGACCAACAACUGGCCUCCAUCGACCCUCACCUGAAGAUAGAAAACGACCCACUCGCACAUCGUGACCUUCGUCCUGAGAUGAUGUUUAUACGCGAAGAGCUGCGUCAAGCAAAGUGGCAGACGUUGGCGGUCCGACGUGCGGCUUUAAAGAAGCUUUUAGUCAAAGACUUUUUGCAAGAAGAUUGCGAGUUGAGAAACAUUGGCCUUUCUUACGCGCCUGCGGAUCCUUAA